AUGGCGCGCCAUAUAACAAGAUCGCACACAGUGUCGGAGCUCCUAGGCGCCCAUGCCGCCUUUACAGAUCCCAUCUCUUUCACGGAGCGACAGCUCCCCGUUUCCCUCUCCCCAACGCCACCACCUCCUACUGCCAUACUCCUCGCCUACUCCCUUGGCAGCCUCUUCUUGAUUCUCGCCGCCUUGAACAUCCUCUGCACAUCCGUCACACGAGAUGUACGCACCACACGAUAUUACCUGAUGAUACUGGCGUGCGGGGAUAUGGGUCACAUGUGGGCGAACUACAUAGGCAUGGGCAGCGAGGUGUUUUGGAAUUUCGAUAGCUAUAACGAGGUUAUGAUGGGGAAUGUGGCAAUUACAGUCGUGCUUUGGACAAUGAGAGUUUUGACGCUGAGUGGAGCGUUUGGGCGGAUAGGCAGGUAG